CCUCCCGCCGGCAACCCGCUCGACUCCUCCCCGGCGGCCCUUCGUUUCAAGUUGCAGCACAAGUUCGCUGGGGGCCUGAAGCCUCCCCGCGCGGCCGGCCGGACCCCCGCAGAGCAUGGAGGUGGCCCCGCGGCCUCCGGGGCCUCGCAGCCUGCGCGCCCCGCGCCAUGGAGGGCGCCGCGCCCCGCGCUUGGCCCGGUCCUUGGGCCUGUACCGCCGAUGGCGGGCGCCCCGGGGGGGUGCAGCUGGACGGUGGCGCCCCGUGGGGCUUCACCCUGAAGGGCGGCCGCCGGCACGGCCAGCCGCUGGCCAUCGCCCAGAGAAUCAUUCGGAGCCAAUGGAGACAAGGGAAGCAGACGGGGACGUUGAGGUCCCACCAAACAAAGCCACGGUCCUGCGGGGCCAUGAGUCCGAGGUCUUCAUCUGUUCCUGGAGCCCCGUCAGCGACCUCCUGGCCUCCGGCUCCAAAGAUUCGACUGCGCGGAUCUGGAACCUGAAUGGAAGCAGCAAUGGGGCGUCCAACCAGCUUGUCCUGCGGCAUUGUAUCCGAGAAAAGGGGCAGGACGUGCCCAGUAACAGAGACGUGACCUCGCUGGACUGGAAAAGCGACGGGACGCUGUUAGCAACAGGCUCCUACGAUGGCUUUACAAGAAUCUGGAUGGAAGAUGGUAAUCUGGCCAGAACCUUAGGCCAACGCAGAGGCCCCAUCUUUGCCUUGAAAUGGAACAAAAAGGGGAAUUACAUUGUGAGUGCUGGUGUGGACAAGACAGCAAUAAUUUGGGAUGCCCACACGGGAGAAGCCAAACAGCAGUUUCUAUUUCAUUCUGCCCCCAUUCUCGAUGUGGACUGGCAGAAUAGCACGACCUUUGCCUCCUGUAGCACAGACAGGAACAUUCACGUCUGCAGACUCGGCUGCGACCUCCCCGUGAGGACCUUCCAAGGACACGUGAAUGAGGUUAACGCCAUCAAGUGGAAUCCCUCUAGAACGUUGCUAGCGUCCUGCUCGGAUGACAGUACGUUAAAGAUCUGGAGCAUGAAGCAGGACACGUGUGUCCAUGACCUGCAGGCUCACAGCAAAGAGGUGUACACCAUAAAGUGGAGUCCGACCGGGCCAGCCACCAGCAACCCGAACGCCAACAUCAUGCUCGCAAGUGCUUCGUUCGAUUCCACCGUCCGGCUGUGGGACGUGGAGCGCGGCGUGUGCUUCCACACGCUCACCAGACACCAGGAACCUAUCAACAGCGUCGCCUUCAGCCCCGACGGCAAGUACCUGGCCAGCGGCUCCUUCGACAAGUGUGUGCACAUCUGGAACACUCAGAGUGGGAGGCUCGUCCACAGCUACGGAGGCACUGGCAGCAUCUUCGAGGUCUGCUGGAACGCCCGAGGGGACAAAGUGGGCGCCAGCAUGUCCGAUGGCUCUGUGUGUGUUUUAGAUCUGCGAAAGUAGAUGGAAUGUUGCAGGAAAGAGAAGAGAAUUCUAACCCACCAGCAUUUAGCGUGGGGAGGGUGGGAGAGGGGAGGGGGCAUCCUGUCGGCUCCAAAACUGCGCAGAGUGGGCGUGGACUUUGAAGUCAGCGCCUCCUGGGCUGUGGGCGCCUGUAUCUUUCCUAGUUCUCGUCAGAUAGUUUCAAACACACACGGUCGCCUCAGAGGUGGGAGAGUGGUUUCCACUCGGGACAUCUGUUUGGAGAGCGUGACGCCUCCAGGGGGAUGGUCCGCGUUUGGUUCCCACCCAGACAGGCUCUGAUGGCUGAGCUGGAGGGGGAAAAGCAAAGGAGGAGAAUAGGGAAAAGGCUGCGAUAACCUGAGAGGGCGGAAGAGCACUCCCUGUGUGUUGGAGACCACGUCGCCCCCCAAGACGUUCAGAGCCCAGCCCGCGCCCCUGCAAUGCGGGCUUUGUGAUCCCAGCACGCCCCGUUUCCCACACCUCCUUGUUCAGGGGCUUUUCUGUCGGUCGGAAUCCUUCCGUCCACGAUUCCCCGAUGGAGCUUGUUCCCCUUCCUCGUUGCUGCCCCUCCUCCUUUUUCCUCCUUCCAGUGUGUCUUGAUUUGCUGUCGAUGCGGCCUUGGGCACACGAUGACAAAAUCUUUGCCAGACAGCUUUCUCGCCCCUCCCCUCUCCUCCUCUUCCUCCGCCCUCCCCUGCACCCCUUUAUCUUAUUUGCUUCAGAUCGAAGGUCUUGAGGGCACAGUAAGUGCUUUAGGUAGGAAGGCACGGCAGGGGGACUUUUUACAGGAGGGAAAAUGACUUAAAAAGAGCCCGGAGUAUUUUUUUGGGGGGGAAAUAUUUUUAUGUUAAAACAAUUUUAAAAUCCUAAAAAGCCAUCAGGCAGAGCUUUGUGUGGUUUCCUAUUUUAAAAGGUUCUAGGGAGCAUUCCCCUUGCCUGGGGCUGUGUGGCAGGUGGGGGGGGGGGGAAUAGGGAGCGGGGGCAGACCCGUGGACGCAGUGGGAUUUCCUCCGCGGAGUGAGAACUCCCGCUCUUGGCUGGGGGACAAAGUGGGAUCUCCCUGGAAGUCCCCUCUGUAACCCUGGGAGGGAACUGAAGAAGGGUGACUGUGACCGCGAGGAUCCUGUCCCAAACCAACCGGCAUUGCGGGAGCCGUAGAAGCAGGCGGCUCGGCUGUGUGGCCUGUUAGUGGCACCUCGUUCAUGGUCAGCCUUUGUCCAGAGCUGCUGGGCGGGCCUGGCAUGGCUGACCCCUGGCGGGCAGGGACAGACGUGAAUGGGAAGGAAGGCGCUUACAGCCAUAUGGUGAACUGAGGGCAGAGUGUCACCCAUCACCUCCACCGUCUCUAUCUCUUUUUUCUCUGCCAAUAGACUAGAUUUUCUUUUUUUAAUAAUGAACCUUCUUACUGUUUUUUAAAAAUUAAACAGGUGUUUGCGUUUCUAUGGGAGUUUCCUUUCAUUGGAUGAGGUGGCCUUUGUGUGUCAGCCCGAUGCUGACCUGGCUUUGAAAGGAGCCGUGGGAGAAGGGCCAUCAGUUACCCUGGCAGAGCAGGGACAGGAAGGCGGCCUGGCAGGUGCAGCCGCUGCGUCCCGGCUGCCAGACAAGAUGCUGUUCAGGCCGGUGCCAGGCAGGCAGGUGAGCGCGACAGGAGAGACCUGGACUGUGCCGGACCUGUGACAACAUCACCAGGCUCCGUGGAUCCGUGACUUCCCUGAGUCUGAGCCAGAGACGCCCCCAAAGUGCCGUUUCCGAGUUGAUGUGUAAUUUGGGUGGUUGCUUGGCACUGCACCAAGCGCAACGUCUAGGAAGUCGCCCCUCUCAUCUGUGAAGGCAGGCGGCACCCGGGCCACGUUGACCACGUCUGCCCUGAGAAACUAUUAGGUUUGGGGCGCCGUGUGCAGAGCUGCAGACACCAUCGGACACCCCACCCCCCAACAGAAACCUGGGAGUCUGCCGAGCGGCAGUGCCCAGGGCCGUGCCCCGUGACUGCCCUGUCACAGCUCUUAAAGUAACGCCCACGUGUUGGUGACCAAGCGUGGCCUUGAUGUGAGCAGGGACCAGGGGCUGGCCCCGCACCGGGAAGGUGGCAGGGCCGUGGCCGCACGCCUGGGCCGGGUUUCCUUCUGCCCUGAGAUCUGCCAGGGGCGGGCGAGGCGCACUUUGUCCCACGGAAGGCCUGCUUCGCUCUGGUUAUGUUCCUCUUUUUAAACCUGUUCCACCUUUUUUUUUCCAAACCGUGUUUCUUGUCAAACGCAGAGGCGUUCCUCCGUCCCUCCCCGGGGUUUUGAGCUCUGGCUCCUGGGUGUGUAUCGUCUGUCGGAUGCACCAGCCGCACGUGGUUCCCGUCAGCGCCUGUCAACCCGCCUGCCCACGUCCACGUGUGUCACCCGCCUGCACACCCUCAAUCCUGGGACAAGAACCACCUUGCACUUAGUAGCCCAUUUGCUUUGAUAGAAUCAACAGGCCCCGUUCAGGGUCUUGAAUAAAUGGCUCUAUUUUGAUGUGAGA